AUGGCGGCUGUGUCUGCGGUAUCGGUGCAAAGCAACAGCCCAGCCAGAGAGCUGUCCCUUGCAACUCAAAGCAGCGGAACCACCGCUCAUGUAGAAAGGGUGAAAAUGGAGGAAGGAACGGAGACAGAGAAGCAGAGUCGAGUGACUGCUCUGCUGGAGAGACUUCAUUCAAAACAUAACGCCUCUCGACCCUGGCAGGAGACCAGCAAAGUUGUUAGACAGGCCAUGGAAAAGCGUGGAGCUAUGAAUACAGCAGGUCAUCAGCUCUUGCUGACAUGUCUAGAGACGCUACAGAGAGCCCUUAAAGUGUCCUCAUUGCCUUCUAUGACGGAUCGUUUGGAGUCUAUUGCUCGCCAGAAUAUGCUGGGUUCCCACCUCAGCCCCUCAGGUACUGAGUGUUACAUCACCUGUGAUAUGUUCUAUGUGGAAGUCCAGUUGGAUACGGCUGGUCAGCUGGUUGAUGUUAAAGUGGCUCACCAUGGAGAGAACCCUGCGAGCUGCCCAGAGUUAAUACAGCAUUUGAGAGAGAAAAACUUUGAGGAAUUUUCUAAACACCUGAAAGGCCUGGUCAACCUGUACAAACUCCCUGGAGAUAACAAACUAAAGACAAAGAUGUACCUGGCCCUACAGUCACUAGAGCUGGAUCUUACCAAGAUGAUGCAUAUGUUUAGAUUAGCCACUAAUGCCAACACUGUGGAGACUAUACUUCAUGGUAGUGUAGGUCUACUGACUGCACGUAGUGGUGGUCAUCUGGUGUCACUACAGUGCUAUGUCUCUCCUUAUGACGUUUUUGAGGAGGGAACUGGCACACAACUAAACUUCAAUGAUUCCAAUGUCCCUCGUUCUCUAGGUGUGAGUGUGUCUGUGACUAUAGAGGGUACUUCCUCAGUCUACAAGCUUCCAAUUGCCCCUCUCAUCACUGGUUCUCACCCAGUGGACAACAAGGGAACUCCGUCCUUCUCCUCUGUGACUAACUCAAACUGUGUGGACUUACCAGCAUGUUUCUUUUUGAAGAUGAAUCGCCCAAUGCCUUUCUCUCUCUCUUUCAUUCAGAAGAUGGGAAACGCGACAGGUAUCCCUGUAUUUGAGACAGUACCUACUCUGUCCUCACUCUAUGAGCUCAUCAUUAAGAGCCAAUUCCAUGAAGAAGGUGGAGUCAUCCCCUCUUCUUCUACCCAGUCCAUGCGCUUCUAUGCAUCUUUGCCAGGGCAACAGCAUUGUUAUUUCCUGAAUGGGGAUGCACCAGUGCAGGAUGGGAGAUCUCUGCAGGGAGCUCUAGUAACAAAAAUCCCCUUCAGACACCCUGCUCAGGUCCCAGCACUACUUGAUAUCAUCCGACACCAGGCUGCCUACAACACACUAAUUGGCAGCUGUGUCAAACGGACCUUAAUCAAGGAAGACACUCCAGGACUGCUGCAAUUUGAAGUGUGUCCAUUGACAGACUCAAGCUUCAGCGUGUCCUUUCAGCAUCCUGUGAAUGAAUCACUCGUCUGUGUCGUGAUGGAGGUUAUUGACUCUAGGCAGGUGUCCUGUAAGCUGUACAAAGGCCUAUCUGAUGCUUUGAUCUGUACAGAUGACUUCAUCACCAAAGUAGUGCAAAGAUGUAUGUCUAUCCCUGUGACCAUGCGAGCCAUCCGGCGCAAGGCAGAGACCAUUCAGGCAGACACUCCAGCAUUGCCACUGAUUGCAGAAACAGUAGCAAUCAUGGUGAAGAAGAACUUGCCCCCCACAGGGAGCCCAGGUUACAUGGGCAUAGGUGCAGGUCCUGAUGGGAGCAACCCCAUGGGUCUCCCUGGCAUGGCAGGUGGCACCACACCCACAGGGAGUGGCAGCAGUGCAGGUGUGGGUGGUGGAAGCACAUUCCCUGGUCCAAUUACCUCACUAUUUGGAAUGACUCGUGGGGGUCAGAGUAGUUCUGGUAUGGAUAAUAUGGGACAGAUGGGAGUAGGAGGGCAGCAGCAAUUACAACAGCAGCCACAACAGCAGCAGCAACAGCAAGGCCAUGGCUCAGACGAUUUCAGCAAAGUUACUCAGAACCCCAUCCUGACUAGCUUGCUGCAGAUCACAGGUAAUGUAGGAUCAAGUCCAACCCCUCAAACUGCCCCUGGUGGGUCACAGCCUCACCAGACACCACCCCCAACUACAUCCCCUGCUAGCAACACUAAGAACCAUCCCAUGCUGAUGAACCUACUCAAGGACAAUCCCUCACAGGACUUUGCUACACUCUAUGGCAGCAGCCCCCUGGAGAGACAAAACUCCUCAGGGUCACCCCGCACAGACAGCCAGGGGCAGCCUUGCCCUGGAGGUGGCGGCAAAGGCAAAAAGAAGCGUCCAAGAGGCACUGAGAAAGGCAUGGUGGGUGCAGGCACUGGCUUGGGGAUGAAGCAAACCCAGCAGUCACAGCAGCAGCAAACAGGUGGUAUUUCUCAACAUCAUCACACUCAUCACCCAACGGAAGAUGACUUCCACCGGGAACUCUUCUCCAUGGAUGUAGAUGCCUCACAGAAUACCAUCUUUGACGUCAAUCUUCCUGGGGAUGGGCUUGACACUCCACAUAGCAUUACCCCAGCUCCAAGCCAAUGUGGGACCCCACCUUCAGGCCCAGGAAUGUCAUAUCAUCCACAGUCUCAUGUUCAGUCACAGCCACAGUCUCAACCACAGCCAACAGUGUCCCUAAACCGCAUGGUACGACUUUCCAGCUCUGAUAGCAUUGGACCAGACAUUAAUGAUAUCUUGUCUGACAUACCUGACCAGACCACUAAAGGAGGCAGCAGCAGCCAUGGUCAGCACCACAUGGGUGAGGAGGAGGGGGGUUCCUUGGGCACACCACUUCGUGACUCCUCCAGCUCAGGCCAGGGCAGUGCAGUCUUUGAAGCAGACCUGUUCAAUGCAAACAGCAAUGAAAAUCCCUUCCCAGAUGCAGCAGAUCUGAUUGCAGAGGCUGCUACUGCGGCAACUCCAAACAGCGACUCCUCUUCAACCAACUUCUUCCCUGAUACAGACUUCAAUCCAGAGUUGCUCACUGGUCAGGGUAGCUUUUCACAGAACUACUUUGAGGACAGCUCUCCCAGCCCAGAUGCAGAUCUUGACCUUGUCAAGAGCUUCAGUGGGGGAAGUCAGCAGAACACCCCUUCAGGCACGCCCCAGAAUCCCACAUCACAGGGCCAGAGCACUCCAGAUGCUUCCCUUAAAGACCCUUACGACUUGGGAGUGGUGUACAGUGGGAACAGCGGAGGAGGAAAGCCACUGCUCGGCCCAGCUCCUGAUUUGGGGGACACGCACCCUUCCCACACAAGUGGUGGGCAAAGUCCCCUGACGAUGGGCAUGGGUGUGACAGGAAAUGACUUCAAGAACAGUGAUCCCAAGGUUAAGCAACAGCAACAGAUAAUGAGAACAAAGGAGGACAAUGGUGGAGGAGGGAGUUCUGGAAUAGGAAUGGGUGCAGUGGGAUCAGUGGAAGGGAAGCAGAUAAAACGUAGUCGCACUCCAUCAAGUGAGGGCAAAUCCAAAGAGAAGCCGCCAAAACGCAAAAAGUUGGAUCCUGAUGGUAAGUCUCCCUCCCAUAGCUCAGGUGGUCGACCAUACACUCCUCCAAGUGGGGCUGCAGGUUCAGGAGGAUCUGUUAGCGGAGGUGGAUCCAAAUCACCAGGUAGUUCAGGACGGUCACAGACCCCUCCUGGAGGCGCAACACCACCCAUACCGAAAAUAACCAUCCAGAUUCCAAGAACCCUGACAGGAGGGAAAACUUCCUCACAUGGAGGUUACACAUCAACCAGCUCAACAGGAGGAGGCACAGGUGGUGCAAGUAGUACAAGCGGAAGUAAAAGCCACCAUGCCCACUCUUCCUCUUCCUCAGGAAAGAUAAAAAGCAGUAAGAUGGAAGGCUCUGUGAGCCAGAGCAGUAGCUCCAAGCCAGCCAGCACAGGUGGAAGUGGGGGAGGCUUGCCUGCACAGUCCAAAAGCUCCUCGCAGGGGUUGGGAGUGGGUAAACCAGGUUCCUCCCCAAUUGCCAAACAUGGUCUGUCAGGAGCAGGAAGUGGUGGUGGAAGUGGGACUGGAAGUGGAAACAAAAUGAAGCCUCAAGGAGGCAAGCCUUCUGGGUCUCUCAUCAACCCAAGCAUCAAGCCCAACAUCUCUCCCUCACACUCUCGCUCCGGUGGGCCCGACAAGCUUUCCUCUCCCAUGAAACUUCAGCAAGGUCAAGUUCCUGGCACCCCUCCCUCUUCCAAGGCUAAAUCUCCAAUUGGCUCAGGAGGAGGAGGAUCUGGGGGGUCCAAGUCCUCCUCUAGUGGAGGAUUGGGCUCCCAGAAACAGUUAGGCAGCAGCUCAUCAUCAGGUCCUUCCUCCUCUGCUACAUCCUCUGCAAGUUCCUCCUCUUCCUCCAGCUCAGUGCCCUUUUCCUCAAGUGGACAGUCACAGUACAGUGGCAGUGGAGGAGGCGGGAGUAGUGGGGGAGGAAGUGGAGGAGGUGGGAACAACCCCAACGCUAAAGGUAAGUCACCUAGCCGCAACAAGAAACCCUCACUAACAGCUGUUAUAGACAAGCUGAAGAGCGUGGGUGGAGGUGGCAUAGGAGGAGAAGAGGGAGAAGGAGGUGGUGGCAGUGGGGGUGGGGGUAGUGUAGGUAAUGGUGGCAGUGGAGGUGGGGGAAUGCCUUCAAAUAUUGGUCCUGUAUCUUCCAAGCAUGUAAUGUCAUCUCAGGGCGGAGAGUACCUGAAUAAGCGGGACAAGAUAGACAAAGAAGGGAAGUCUAAGGUGUCUGUGUCAGGAGGCACUUCCGGAGACAAGAAGCUUAUGGACCCCAAAAGUGGAGGGGUGAGUAGCACAGGUGUUGCGAAGAUCAUCAUCAGCAAGCCAGAUGGCGGUUCUCCUAGCAUCAAGGCCAAGGUCACCCUACAGAAGCCUGGAGAGGGGUCUGCAGAAGGUUCCAUGCGUCCUCAACUCUCAGGCCUCAAAGCCUCCCCUCUUUUCAGUGGGUCAACACCAAAACAUGACCGCAGUUCACCAAGCCAUAGUCGGUCCCCGGGGUAUACUCCUCUGAACCCAGACAGUGAGAGUGAGUCAGGCAGUAGCUCAGUGGCAGAGAAGUCUCACCAGAACAGUCCUAGUUCAGAUGAUGACCAGGCUUUGCGCCCUUCGCACCAGCCUCCUCCAGACUACAUGAGUUCCAUAUCUGUCAGCCUUGGAGAGAAACACAAGAAGCACAAGAAAGAGAAGAAGAAGCAGAAAGAAAGGGAACGAGACAGAGAUCGCGAGAGGGACCGGGAUCGAGAUAAAGAGAAGAAGAAGUCUGUAUCCUGCACUUCCUCCUCUCAUGCCAUGAAAGCAGACAGCUGGUCUAGAUCACCUUUGACGGCCUCUGAUCCCUCUCUGUCCUUGCUUAGUUCAGAACGUACAUCACGGCCCAGCCCAGUCUACAUACGUACAGAGGAUGAUGAUCUCAUGGAUUCAGCUCUCACUGGAAACCUGGAGCCUUUCAAAUAGACUGAAUAUGUAUUCCAAAUUACUUUGCUCUUUGACCAGUAUGUUUUCAGCUGUUGCUGAAGUGGAAUGGUCCUAUGUAUUGGAUAAUGGUGUAGAGGACAAGAUUGUGAUUUGGGAAACAGCCAAAUGUUUAACCAAUACUAUUUUUUUGCAUGUGUGUUAUGUUUUUUUAUGACCUAAUGAUUAUGAUAUUUUAAUUGCAUACCUGCCACUUUCAACCAAGACCACUUGCCUGCAAGUUGAGUCAUCCCACAGAGAGAAGGAAUUUGAUUUUUUAAAGAUAGGU